UCUCCUCAUCCAUUCAGUUGCUUUAUAAUAUUUGUGCUGUUGAUUCAUAUUAAAACGACGACUCUAAGAGAAGUUUAUAAAUUUUCCUUGCCUUCUUAUUUGCUGUGCUGCGUUUCUACAUUCAAAAGUGCGUGUUAGUGUUUUGCAAGAUGAGUUUUACACGGCAAUUGUCCGAAAUGAGUGCUAGUGAGCUGAACGACGCUAUCGAUGAUACAAAUUUUCCUCAAGCUCAUAUCCUUUCACGCGGUCGUAAUAAUAGCGUCUGCUCAACUGGCAGUACACCAUCUCGUGAUCGUACUUUAUCUCAAACUGAGGACAUAAGUCCAGUUAACGGUACUGCUGCAGGAUUCGGUGAUAAUAGCAAUAAUGCUACGAUGGCUCAUGCCCGACCCAAAUUAGUUUUAAAAACGAACGGCAUUAUAGCUGAAAGAGAAGAGACAACAAGUAUCUCAAGUAGUGAUAGUAGCAACGGUCGGCCGAAGACUCCUUGUACACCGAGAACGUCAACAACACCAGGUCAUGAAAAUUGUCCAUUUCAUCAUGAUCUAGAGUUGGAUCAUAAACCGCCAACGCGAGAGGCUUUGUUGCCCGAUAUGGCCAAUUCGUAUCGUUUACUGUUAGGUGGCUUAGGUGAAAAUCCCGAUCGUCAGGGUUUAAUAAAAACUCCUGAAAGAGCAGCAAAAGCGAUGUUGUUUUUCACUAAGGGCUACGAUCAAAACUUAGAGGACGUUUUAAAUGGUGCUGUCUUUGAUGAGGACCAUGAUGAGAUGGUGGUGGUUAAAGAUAUUGAAAUGUUUUCCAUGUGCGAACAUCAUUUAGUUCCAUUUUAUGGCAAGGUGUCGAUUGGUUAUUUGCCUUGUAAUAAAAUAUUAGGCCUUAGCAAAUUAGCAAGAAUUGUGGAAAUAUUUUCACGCCGAUUACAGGUACAAGAACGUUUAACCAAACAGAUAGCGGUGGCCGUAACACAAGCCGUGCAGCCAGCAGGUGUAGCGGUAGUAGUAGAAGGAGUUCAUAUGUGUAUGGUUAUGCGUGGUGUUCAAAAAAUUAAUAGCAAGACGGUAACUUCUACUAUGUUGGGUGUUUUUCGCGAUGAUCCCAAGACGCGGGAAGAAUUUUUAAAUUUGGUUAAUUCAAAAUAGAAAAGUGAUUUAAAGAGAAAGAGAGACAGAGAGA